AAACGAAAAAGCUUAAAUAGCUCCCACUGCCCAUUGCUUUAGCACCCCGUGAACAGAGGCCGCCUACUGCUCUGCUGCUGCCGGCCGCUCAACUCCUCACCUGGGAAAGGAAAGAAGAAAACCGCAGCCAGAUUUCUUCUUCCUUUUUCUUCUCAGGUUGCUGAACAAUGGGUGCUGGAGGCAGAAUGUCAGUCCCUCCUGAGGGUAAGAAGUCAAAAUCUGAUGCCUUCCAACGAGUUCCACACUCAAAGCCUCCAUUUACGCUUGGUGAACUAAAGAAAGCCAUCCCGCCUCAUUGUUUCCAGCGAUCAAUUCCCCGUUCCUUUUCAUAUGUGAUAUAUGAUCUCGCCAUUGCCUCUCUUUUUUACUAUGUGGCCACCAAUUAUUUCCACCUCCUUCCACCCUCACUCUCCUGCCUAGCCUGGCCACUUUACUGGAUAUGCCAAGGCUGUGUGCUAACUGGUGUUUGGGUUAUUGCCCAUGAAUGUGGCCACCAUGCCUUCAGUGACUAUCAAUGGCUUGAUGAUACUGUUGGCCUAAUCCUCCACUCGGCUCUCCUAGUCCCAUACUUCUCCUGGAAGUAUAGUCACCGUCGCCACCACUCAAAUACUGGUUCACUUGAGCGUGACGAAGUGUUUGUGCCCAAAGUCAAAUCUGGAAUUCGUUGGUUUGCCAAGUACAUGAACAACCCACCUGGCAGAGUCCUCAUGCUCAUUGUCCAGUUCACUCUUGGCUGGCCUUUGUAUCUGCUGUUCAACGUCUCUGGAAGACAUUAUGACCGGUUUGCAUGCCACUAUGACCCUAAAAGCCCUAUUUAUUCUGAUCGUGAGCGCCUCCAAAUCCUCAUCUCUGAUGCAGGCGUUCUUGCUGUCACCUAUGGGCUUUACCGUCUUGCAAUAGCUAAAGGACUUGCUUGGUUAGUCUGUGUAUAUGGUGGCCCUUUGCUCGUGGUUAACGCAUUCCUAGUUUUGAUCACAUAUCUGCAGCACACUCACCCAGCGCUGCCUCACUAUGAUUCAUCUGAGUGGGACUGGCUGCGGGGAGCUUUGGCUACAGUUGACAGAGAUUACGGUAUUCUGAACACUGUGUUCCAUAACAUAACUGAUACUCAUGUAGCACACCACCUGUUCUCGACCAUGCCUCAUUACCAUGCGAUGGAGGCAACAAAGGCUAUCAAACCAAUUCUAGGUAACUACUAUCAGUUCGACGGGACGCCAAUUUUUAAGGCGGUGUGGAGAGAGGCAAAGGAAUGUAUAUACGUGGAGCCAGACGAAGGUGACAAGAAUAAAGGCGUCUUCUGGUACAAUAACAAGCUUUAGAUUUGGGUGAGGAAGGAAUGCCCAGAUGCAAGAAGGUGAACAUCCGGGGCUGUUGUUGUAGGAGAUUCUUGGGUUUCAUUUCCAGCUAAUUAAGGUUGCUUUUUUUUGUGGAAACUCUCAAUUUCGUGUAAGUUGAACAAGAGUCCUUUAGGGGUUGCACUAUUAGGGAGUUAAAAGCCCAUCUGUAUGUGUGGGCUCACGAAAUGUUCGGCAUUCAACAUCUAGAAAUAGCAUCUUGUUGUACUUGUUCUUGCAAGUUUCAUAGCCCAUGUCUUUCUUAUGUUGUCCUUAUUCACAUAUUGCAUCAAAUUCCGUUCAAAUUC